AUGAAGCUGUGCCGUGGGAAGCAUUCUAUUGACUUCACUUGUUGUACAUUACCAUUUGGUUGUGUCUCGUUGAUGGUCUCAUUACCACGAACAGCAUUCCGAUUAGGAGAAACUAUUGAAGCUCAAGUUACUGUAAAUAACCGAACACGUAAAGCACUGAAAGACUGCGCUCUUCAAUUGGCCAUGAAAACCCAAUUCGAAGCGAUGAGUAGGUACGAGCAUGUAAAUGAAAAGAAAUUGAACGAGCACUUGAUUGAAACCGUUCCUUUGGGUAAAGUGAAAGCACGGCACAAGGAAGUAUUUGCAAAAUGUAUCGUUCGAGUUCCUGAAGGCGUUCCUCCCACACAAAACUACAAUCGCGACGGAGGUGACACAGCUAUAAUCGCAAUUCAUUAUGUGCUGAAAUUUACAGCUUUGCCUGGGAUCGAAUGCGAAAUCCCGUUAAUCGUCACCUCAAUGGGUUAUGCGGAUACUGGCAAACAAGCGGCAUUUGUCAUUCACAAUGCUCGAAAAAGUCCCAGUAAACAACAGCGGACAACACGAACUAUGAUUGAAGGCAAAACUCUUUAUCAAUAA